AUGGCCGCCUCCUCUCCAGUGAUCCUACGCCUGCAGCGUCCUCUCUUCACCAUCAUCCUAGUUGCUCUCUCAGUGUCAGUGCUGCCGGCGGCGCUCGCAGUCGCCACUAGAGGCGAGCAAGAGGGCGACCGGGUGGCGUUCCUCCCCGGGCAGCCGAGGAGCCCUCCGGUGUCGCAGUUCGCCGGGUACGUCACCGUGAACGAGUACAACGGGAGGGCGCUCUUCUACUGGUUCUUUGAGGCUCAGACGUCGCCGGCGCACAAGCCUCUCCUGCUCUGGCUCAAUGGAGGCCCUGGUUGCUCGUCUGUAGGCUAUGGAGCAGCUUCAGAACUGGGGCCUCUCUUGGUCAAUGGCAACGGGACCGGCUUGGAGUUCAACAAAUUUGCAUGGACCAGAGAGGCCAAUUUGCUGUUCUUGGAAUCCCCCGUUGGUGUUGGCUUCUCAUACACAAAUACUUCUUCUGACCUAGACAACCUCGAUGAUCGCUUCGUCGCCAAGGAUAGCUACACCUUCUUAGUGAACUGGUUCAACAGGUUUCCACAGUACAAGAGCCAUGAUUUCUACAUAUCAGGAGAGAGCUAUGCAGGGCAUUAUGUUCCACAGCUUGCAGAAGUGGUGUAUGAGCACAACAAGCACCUUGAAGCGAAUCAGCAAAUCCAUUUGAAAGGAUUUAUUGUCGGCAAUGCAGAGACUGAUGAUUACUACGACUACACGGGAAUAGUCGAGUUCGCUUGGAGCCAUUCAGUCAUCUCAGAUCAAUUUUACGAGCGAGUAAAAAAUGUUUGUGACUUCAAGCUCUCACCCACUUCCACAGAAUGUGGUCAUGUAAUGGGCCUUCUAUACCACACGUACAAUGAGAUUGACAUCUACAACGUGUACGCACCCAAGUGCAACACAGAUGGAUCAGCACUGUCGUCGUCGUCGUCUAGUUCUGACAGCAGCGCGGUAGAAAAGGAAGCCAAGAACAAGUCCAAGAGACGAUUGAGGAUGUACUCAGGAUACGAUCCGUGCUACUCCAACUACAUUGAAGCUUACUUCAACAGGAUGGAUGUUCAGAAAUCACUUCAUGCUAAUACCAGUGGACGGAUCAAGGACAGAACAUGGAGUCUUUGCAGUGAUCCAAUUUUUGACUUCUACGACAUUGAGGUCUUUUCUGUUCUUCCUAUCUACUCCAAGCUUAUUAAGGCUGGACUAAGAAUUUGGGUCUACAGCGGAGAUGUGGAUGGCAGGGUUCCGGUUAUUGGAUCCCGCUACUGGGUAGACGCACUUGGGCUUCCUAUCAAGUCACAGUGGCAACCAUGGUAUCUAAAAAAUCAGGUUGCUGGAAGGUAUGUUGAGUAUGAAGGGCUGACCAUGGCCACUGUCAGAGGAGCAGGUCAUACAGUUCCUCAAGAUAAGCCAGCAGAGGCACUUGUGCUAAUCGAAUCCUUCCUUUCCGACACACAACUUCCGGCAAAAAAUAACUGA